AUGGAAGUGCCACCGACGGUUAAAAGUAAUAUUAGUAGUGAAAGAUUGCAAAAUAUGUUAACAACUUUGACAAAAUGUAGAAUUGAUUAUGUAAAAGAAAAAUAUGAAACAAAAAAGCUACGAGAAAUGUACACAAAAAUGGAAUUAGAAUUAAAAGAAGCUCGUGAACUUGAAAAAUCAAAUCGCUAUCAACUUCAAUCCUCGAGGGAUAUGAUAGGAAGUUUACAGGAAACAGUUUCGCAACUAGUUUAUUUAAAACGAGAUGUUAAAAAAUUAAAAUAUGACAUAAAUUCUAAAGAUAUUACCAUAGCUAAUAUAAACAAGGAUAAAGAAAAUUUACAACAAAAGCAUAACGAAAAUAUUCAAGAAAUUCGUAGAUUGCACGAAAGACAAAUUGAAGACCUUGUAUCGGUUAAUGAAAAGAAAAUCCAGCAGGUUCAAUAUGAUUUAGAAACUAAAAUCGCUGAAUUCACAUGCGUAAUCGAGGAGCUCCGAAGUAAAAUCAAAGAAAUGGAAGCAGAAAACACGAAUAAAAUGAACGUCGUCGUAUUGGAAUACGAAGAGAAAAUACAAAGGAGUGCUUCAGAAAUAUCACAACUUCAAGAAAAACUCGCGAUGCAAACAUCUAGAAAUGAUGCUAACAUCGAUGCUUACAGAAGGAAAAUAGAAGAUUUGGAAAGUAAGCUGAAACAGUGUCAGUUUAAGGAAUAUUUAGCCCAAAACAGUUACUCAUCUCAGAUAGAAAACAGGGCCGAACGUCCAUAUUCAGUGGGUCGUUAUUAUUCUGAAUGCUCAGAAUUGAAUUCAGCUCCAUUAAGUCCUCGCAUGUCUGUCCACUCACGGCAAAAACCGACGUUACAAGUCGUGUACGAUAACAGAACGAUACCGAAAAACGAGAAAAAAUCUCAUUUUAAUAUAACCAAGAAGAGAAAACUGUACAGCGACAAGGACUUUCUAAAUCAGUGAUCAUGCCCAGUACUUGUCUCAUGUGAUCUUAAGACGUAAUUGAGCGAUUAAUGUUUCCUUUUUGAAUAAAACUCACGUAGCUAGCUGUUCAUACUCUCCACUUUCACUGCGCGUCUUGAUACUUGUAUGAUAAGAAGUCUAAAUCGUCAGCCUAAAUACUGAAGGUAGCACAAGUUUUGUAAGAACUUAAUCCAGUACUUGGUUAAAUUGAUUGUUGCUGAUAGAC